UUAUAUGCCAAAAACAAUACAGAUUUUAGAUUAUCUCCAUACCUGUUUUAUCCUCUCAAGGUUGUUUGGAUACCAGAAAGGCGCUGAUGGAGGAUAAGCAAAAGUUCCUCCAUGGAACACUGGAAGCUACAAUCUUUGAUGCAACACCUUACAAUCCUCCAUUUCCCUUGAAUUGUCUACUUGUAAAUGGAAAAGCAACAUUUGUCACCAUCGAGCUAGAUAACAAAAAUGUUGCAGAGACUACCCAUGAACACGACCGUGUUUGGAACCAAACCUUCCAGAUUCUCUGUGCUCAUCCAUACGAUUCAAUCAUCACUAUUACAAUGAAAACUAAGUGUUCAGUCCUGGGAAGGUACCACGUCCAGGCACAACAGAUUUUGAGUGAGGCUACUUUGAUCAAUGGAUUUUUUCCUCUAGUAAUGGAAAAUGGAAAGCAGAAUCCAGAGCUCCUGCUCAGGUUCAUGUUGUGGUUCAAACCAGCGGAGCUUGAACCAACUUGGGGUAAAAUAUUUAGAAAUGGAGGAUUCCCAGGUCUGAGGAAUGCUACAUUUCCUCAAAGAUCCGAUUGUGGUGUUGUUCUUUAUCAGGAUGCCCACCAUAGCUCUGCAUUUCAACCUCCAUUCUGUCUUACUCCAAGAAAAUUGUGGGAAGAUGUAUACAAGGCCAUAGAAGGUGCUAAGCAUUUGAUCUACAUUGCAGGCUGGUCCUUUAAUCCUAAGAUGGUUCUGGUCCGUGAUCCUGAAACAGUUAUGCCGCAUGCCAGAGGAGUAAAGCUCGGUGAAUUGUUGAAAAGGAAAGCUGAAGAAGGUGUAGCUGUGAGGAUCAUGCUGUGGGAUGAUGAAACAUCCUUACCAUUCAUCAAGAACAAAGGAGUAAUGGGAACUCAUGAUGAAGAUUCCUUUGCAUACUUCAAACACACAAAAGUGAUAUGCAAAUUAUGUCCAAGAUUACACUUCAACUUCCCCACAGUCUUUACUCACCAUCAAAAGACUAUAACUAUUGAUACCCGGGUGAAUAUUUCUUCAACUGAUAGAGAACUCAUGAGCUUUGUUGGAGGAUUAGAUCUCUAUGAUGGUCGAUAUGACACAGAACAGCAUUCCUUGUUCCAUACACUUAAUACAGAAUCUCACCGUCUUGACUUCUACCAAACGAGUAUAGCUGGAGCUAGCCUUCAGAAAGGAGGGCCAAGAGAACCAUGGCAUGAUGCUCAUGCCUGUGUCACUGGUGAGGCAGCCUGGGAUAUACUAACCAAUUUUGAGCAAAGGUGGACUAAACAAUGUGACCCUUCUCUAUUAGUCCCCACCAGCACCAUAUCCAAUCUCAUCCACAGUCCCUUUCCUACAAGCAUUUCCAAUGACAGGAACUGGAAAGUACAAGUUUUUCGAUCAAUUGACCAUGUUUCAGCCACACAAUUGUCCAAGAACUUGACUGUGGAGAGAAGCGUCCACGAAGCCUAUGUAGAAGCCAUAAGACGUGCCGAAAGGUUCAUAUACAUUGAGAAUCAAUAUUUCAUUGGAGGAUGCCAUCUGUGGGAUAAAGACAGACACAGUGGCUGCAGAAAUUUGAUCCCCAUCGAGAUUGCACUUAAGAUAGCCAGCAAAAUCAGAGCAAAACAGAGAUUUGCAGCAUACAUUCUGAUACCCAUGUGGCCGGAAGGUGUCCCAGAUAGUGAACCUGUUCAGGACAUACUGCAUUGGACCAGAGAAACGAUGACAAUGAUGUAUAAAUUGAUUGCAGAAGCCAUAAAAAAAAGUGGGGGAAACGGACACCCAAGAGAUUACCUGAACUUCUUUUGCCUUGCAAACAGAGAAACGGAGAGAAAAGAAGAGUUUGUUCCUUCCAUUUCCCUCCAUCCUUCAACCCCAUACUGGAAUGUCCAGAAACACAGGAGAUUCAUGGUUUAUGUUCAUUCCAAACUCAUGAUAGUGGAUGAUGCAUAUAUUUUGAUAGGAUCUGCAAACGUGAACCAGAGAUCCAUGGACGGGCAAAGAGACACAGAGAUAGCAAUAGGGUGCCACCAGCCAUUGAACGGAGAAAGGGAUAAUUCAAGCACCGGCUACAUUCAUUCAUACCGGAUGUCAUUGUGGUACGAACACACCGGAGUUGCUGAAAAUAUUUACAAGGAGCCGGAGAGUCUGGAAUGCGUACAGAGAAUGCGGAUGAUCGGAGAUGAAAUGUGGGAAAUUUACAGUGGCGAACAAAUUGUGGACAUGGAAGGCGUCCACCUAGUGACGUACCCCGUGGACGUGACAGAGGACGGGGUAAUCGGCGAACUUGUAAACAGCGACGGGAAUUUUCCCGACACGAAGUCUCCGGUGAAGGGACGCAGAUCGAAAGUGUUGCCGCCGCUUUUCACCACCUAAACAACAUGGCAAUUUAUUCACCGGAAUACGAAAAUUGUUGUACACCUACUAAUUUCACCAAUAAUGAAAAAAAAUUGUACAUGUUCUAAACCCCUGUACAAUAUAUUAUUACUAAGCUA